AUGCCAAAAGCAACACAAAAACAAAUACCACCCAACUUUGACAUGUCAUUUCUUCCAACCGAUCAACAAAUAAAAGACAUUCAAGAAGCUGGUAUACCAUUAACUACGAAAAAAAAUACUGAAUUUCGGGUUAAGGUUUUAACUAGCUAUAGAGAAAAACAUCAUAAUGGAAUUCCAAUUGAAUCGGUUAAUGACAAAAAAAUAUUAGAAAAACAAUUAUGCGAAUUUGUUGUUGAUCAAAUUACCUUAAAUGGAAACACAUGCAAGCAAAAUUAUCCAGACUUAUAUAAAACUUUAAAUGGAAAGCUACAUGAUCUUAAGAAACAGGGUAAGAUUUCUACAAAGAAGGCUGACACACUUUCACCAGAUGAAAUCAAACAAAUUCUGAAUCAACAUCAAAAGAUACACCCAAAGGUCUUUCUAGGAGAGUGUUUAUAUGGUUUUGAUAUACGUGAUGAUAUGGUUGUUUUCACCAAAUUUCAUCAAAAAAAUGAUCAAGGUGGUCUUGAUGCAAUCAAUGAUGAUGUAUGGUAUCUUGAUCAUAAAAUUGGAACUGAGAAAAUCAAGAAUUACAUGAAGACAAUAUGUUUUGAUGCUGGUAUAAAUCUAAAUGGAAGAAAAAUAGUCAACCAUUCUGGUCAUGCUACUAGUCUAAAUUGGUUAUAUCAAAGUGGUGUUGAUGACACACAAGUGAUGACAAUCUCUGGUCAUAAAAGUCUCAAGGGCAUGAGAUCAUAUAUUGCACCCACUAUAUAUCAAAAAGCUAGUAAAAUAAGCAAUGUUCUUCAAAUGGCAUUAACACUGCAAGAAUCAUCAACUUUGAAUAAAACACCUCAAAAAAAUACAGGUUCAGACAAACAUGUUAAAUUUAUUGAUUCUUUUGAUGAUGAAGAGCCUGAAGAUAUCAAAGAUGAGGAUAAUUCUGAUGAGCCAGAUGACAUGAGUGAUAAAGGCAGUGGUGUUAAAUCAUUAGGUGUAAGUAUAUGA